AUGUUCGGGAAACCAGACAAAAUGGACGUUCGGUGCCACUCGGACGCAGAGGCUGCCCGGGUCUCCAAGAACGCGCACAAGGAGAGCCGGGAGGGCAAGGGCGCGGAGGGGAGCCUGCCCGCCGCCUUCCUCAAGGAGCCGCAGAGCGCCUUCUCGGCGGCGGGCGCCGCGGAGGAUUGUAACAAAAGUAAAUCCAAUUCCUCCGCCGACCCGGAUUACUGCCGCCGGAUCCUGGUCCGAGAUGCCAAGGGGUCCAUCCGAGAGAUCAUCCUGCCCAAGGGGCUGGACCUGGACCGGCCCAAGAGGACGCGCACGUCCUUCACCGCGGAGCAGCUCUACCGGCUGGAGAUGGAGUUUCAGCGCUGCCAGUACGUGGUGGGCCGCGAGCGGACCGAGCUCGCCCGGCAGCUCAACCUCUCCGAGACCCAGGUGAAGGUCUGGUUCCAGAACCGGCGCACGAAGCAGAAGAAGGACCAGGGGAAGGACUCGGAGCUGCGCUCGCCGGUGCCCUCGCUGCUCGGCUCGGUCGCCGGCCGCCUGUCCUCCGCGCCGCUGGCCAUGGCCGGCUCGCUGGCCGGCAAUUUGCAAGAACUCUCCGCCCGCUACCUGAGCUCCUCGGCCUUCGAGCCUUACUCCCGGACCAGCAAUAAAGAAGGCGCCGAGAAAAAAGCGCUGGACUGA